AUGUCCACCUCCGACACCACCGCAACCACCACCACCACCCGGAAUCCUACUCCAGACCUCCCAACCCUCACCAUUCCCCCGACCGACCCAUCCAUCCACACCCACACCGUCAUCUUCCUCCACGGCCGCGGUGACAACACGCGCUCCUUCACCCGCGCGCUGCACAACUGGCGGCACUCGCGAACGGGGCAAACCCUCUUCGACACCUUCCCGACCUUUCGCUGGGUGUUCCCGCAGGCGCCGCUGCGGCCCGUCGCCAGCACGGCCGACCACUUCCACCAGAAGGUCAUGCACCAGUGGUUCGACGUGUGGACGGCGCGGGAUUUUUCGCUGCGCGAGGACGUGCAGGUCGAGGGGCUGAGGGAGAUGGUGCCCGUCGUCAGGACGAUGCUCGCGCGCGAGGCGGGGAAAUUGGGCGGGCGGUGGGAUCGCGUCGUGUUGGCAUGGAUUAGCAUGGGAGCUGCGACGGGGGUACAUACGCUGUUUAAUUUGGAUGUGUCUCCAGGAGAAAAUGGGGGCGGGUUGGCGGCAUUUAUGGGGUUUUGUGGGCGUUGUCCGUUUAUGGGCCGGUCGCUUGCCGAGAUGAGGGCGGUGCUGGCGCUCGGGGAGGGCGUGCCGCCUGCGGGGGAGAACGGUGUGGUCCGGCGCACGCCGGUCAUGUUGCAGCAUAAUGUGGAUGAUCCGUUGGUGCUGAUUGAGAGGGGCCGCGGUUUGAGGGAUACGCUGACGGGGUUUGGGGCGCAGGUUGAGUGGAGGGAGUAUGCCACCGGCGGGCACUGGUUUCAGGAGCCGGAGGGGAUUGAUGAUGCGGUGGAGUUCCUGACCAGGGUCGUUCUGGGAAAGGGUGGGAGUGAAGUUGCGGAUGCUGAGGGAUCAGGAGAAGAUGGGCAGGGCCAGGCGGCGGCAGAACCUGAGACUGUGGGUUUGUCUUGA